ACACCAGCAAGAGUUGUCACUUGUCACGAGAGUUGGCUGGGUUGUCUUCCCGACUUGUUCGCGCUUGUCUUUUCCUCGUCAUGUCUGCUUCUUACGGCGUCUUUCUUUACCUUUUGGUCGACUUUGUCGCUGCUCAAACGACGACUCAUACAAACGUGACUGUCAAUACUCUGUCGACGUGUGUGAAGUCCAACAGCAGCUGUGCCCAAUGCCUCCAUGACGCCUCUUGUUUGUGGUGCGAGUCCAGCCAACAGUGCAUGGACUACCCUGUCCAUUUUAUAGUGCCACCAAGCAGCCUGUGUCCCGUGAAUGAUGCCAGAUGGGGUUUGUGCUGGGUCAACCUUAAGGUGGUGCUGAUCACGCUGACUUCACUGGCUGGCCUGGUACUGCUUGCCUUGCUCGUGUGCUGCAUGUGCUGCUGCUGCCGCCGACGCCGCCAACAGCAAAUCAGUGAUGACGGAGAGGUUUUGAGGGCGGAGCAAAAAACCCGUGAGAGGAUCGCCCGACAGAAAGAGAGGAGAAUGGAAAUGCAGCUGAGGCAUGACAAAAUUCGUCAGAAAUAUGGUCUCACAAAGGAUCCGCCCUACUCCCGCCUGGACGAUAAAAAAUAAGUGAUCCAAUUCCUCAAAUCAGCGCCUUACUUUUUACUCACUUCAGGGUAGCAGGUGUCUUAUUUAAAACUGAAAUUGAAUACUCCAAUUAACUCCUCUAUUGUGUUGUGCCUACAAAGGUCAUUUUCUAUUACUGAAACCAUUGCACUAUUACCUGUCAAAUUUAAACAUUUAGCAAGAAAUGUUGACGACGUGUAUUGAAAUGACAGUAUUUUCUUAUUGCUCAAUGAACUACCGGUAUGAACUUUUAAUGUUAUAUAAGUGUUUGACAAACGGCUGUAUUCCAUGGUCAGCUUGGGAAUUUGUUUACAUAUCUUGUUUCAAAAUAAAAUACAUUGUCAAAACAGACAAUAGAAAUGCUGCUAAAGUUGUGGUUUAAUCGUAAGUCUUGACACAUUUUAAGUUAAUACAAUGGCAUUAAUGUAAGUACCUCAUAUGUGACGUAUCUAAUACAAUAAAAAAAUUAAACGAUAGCAGCCAUCUUUUUCCAUAUGCUAAUAGAGAUUUAAAUGCAUUUUCAAAAGGAUUGAUCGCUGCUAGCCCUCCUAGACAAAAUGGGAUUUGACAUCUAUCGCAGUCAAUGCUAGUGAAGCAUCAACACUUAUUGCCGACCUUCCCAGUUAAAACAGAUUUGAUGACUAACUGUUAAU